AUGAGAUCAGAUAAUAUCAAACCCGCCCCAAAGUCGGAAGACUCCGAAGGAAGAGACUUUAUUCUUCCACCUUUUAGUCGCGACGUCACAACAAAUAAACCAGAAGCCAAGAGAUGGGUCGAAGACGGCUUCGUUUGGUGCUACUCCUUCAACCACGCUGAAGGCGAACGCUGCUUUGAAAAGGCCAUCAAAAUUGACCCUGAAUGUGCUUUGGCCUACUGGGGGCUCGCAUUUGCAUUGGGUCCGAAUUAUAACAAGCCGUGGAAAGCUUUUGAUCGAAAUGAUCUCAGAUACACCACCUUGAAGGGCAUUGAUGCGUUCAAAAAGGCCGAAUCACUAGCCUCCAAGGCAAGCCCGCUCGAACAAGCUCUCAUCGGCGCUAUACGGCAUCGCUACCCGAAGGAUGAGAAGGAUACCAACAAUGCAAAGAUUUGGAACCAAGCCUACGCAGAAGCUAUGAGGCCAGUCUACAAAGAAUUCAAGGAUGACCUCGACGUUGCGGCGCUCUAUGCUGACGCACUUAUGAAUCUCACCCCUUGGGCGCUGUGGGAUGUUCGAACAGGAAAGCCAGCACCUGGCUCCGAAGUAAUCGAGAUUCAAGAAGUGAUUGAGAAAGGACUCGCUCAAGAUGGCGGACACGAACAUAUUGGUCUCUUACACGCCUACAUUCAUGUCACUGAAAUGUCGACAGAACCCGAAAAGGGUCUUGUUGCUGCUGAGCACCUGCGCAGACUUGCCAACGAGGCAGGCCACCUUGCCCACAUGCCUUCGCAUCUUGAUAUCCUCAUUGGAGACUAUCGAAGAGCCAUCUCAGCCAACACAAAGGCUGUCAUGGCCGAUGAGAAGUUUCUAUCUCUUCGUGGCGGUCGUGACUUUUACACAAUCUACCGCAUGCACGACUACCAUUCUCUCAUCUACGCUGCCAUGUUUGCCGGCCAAUACUCUGUCUCGAUGGAGGCCGUUGAGCGCAUGGAGUCGGCUAUUCCAGAUGAGGAUCUACGAAUUCAGUCACCACCUAUGGCUGACUGGUUGGAGACUUUCCGCUCAGUUCGUCCGCAUAUUCUCAUCCGCUUCGGAAAAUGGGAAGAGAUUAUCGAAACGUCGCUUCCUCAGGACCAGGAGCUUCUCUGCGUCACGACAGCUACGAUACACUACGCCAAGGGUGUCGCAUACGCAGCUCUAGGCAACGUCGAUGAGUCUGCUAAGCAGCGAGAGCUCUUCCUCUCCGCAAAGGCACGUGUGCCCCCAACGCGCAUAGCAUAUCCCAACAAGUGUUCCGAUGUCUUGGAUGUAGCCGAAGCAAUGUUAGACGGCGAACUCGAGUACCGACGGGGUAACAUAGAAGUAGCAUUCGAGCACCUCCGAAAAUCGAUUGACCGCGAUGACAGUCUGCGCUACGCCGAGCCCUGGGCCUGGAUGCAGCCCGCUCGUCAUGCGUAUGCAGCUCUUCUCAUGGAACAAGAGCGUAUUGAGGAAGCAGCCGAAGUUUAUCGCACCGAUCUUGGUCUGAACAAUAAACUCUUCCGCGCACGACACCAUCCGAACAACGUAUGGGCUCUACACGGGUACCACGAGUGUGCGGUCAGACUGGGACUUGACGGCGAGGCACGAGUCAUAAAGCAGCAGCUUAAGACGGCUAUGGCUUUUGUCGACGUGCCUAUCGAGUCUUCCUGUUAUUGCAGACAGGAUGUCAAGAACGCGAAUGGGUGCUGUCGUUUGUAA